AAAUGACAGCACCGACUGGCAAGCGUAUAUCGCGGGCAUGUCUGAGGUGCCGCCGGCUGACGGUGUUGGGGAGCCAAAAAGACCUCCGUGCGAAUCCUGCCAUCGCACCCGGAGCGAAUGCAUCUUGGUGGAAUCUCGUCGGGGCGCAGCCGCUUCCCACAGGACAAGGCAACACACCCUGCAGACCAGUCCUCUAUAUCAUGGGCGUGAGAGCAUAGAAAAUAACAGUGGCGAUGCUGGUCCAUUCGAGGGCUCAUCGCCAAACGCACCAGGCCCUGGUCUGACAUCCCCUUCAAACAACUGCUCUGCUAUGAGCGAGGACUUUGAGUCCCGGGAGACAGUCGAGGCCGACAGUUUACACAUGGAAAUUCGGAACCCUUCAGAUGCUUUGCAAAUUUUAGCAUCUGCGCGAGAUAAUCCAGAUGGAAAGGGUCGUAGUGAAAAGCAGUGGCAUAAAGUCGAUGCCAGUGCGCCUUCAAACUCAAGUAUCUCUCAGAAACAGAUCCAUUCGCCAUUCACGACGGCUUUCGCGGGUUCAAGGAACCGUAUAGAUCCUAGGGGAAAUGCUCAAGAGAAUGGCGAAGCGUCUACUGUGCUACUGGAGGAUUACGAACUCGUACAACAGGGAUUAUUGCACCCCAGUGUUCUACCCGAGUUGCUUCACCUAUACGCACGCAAUUACCAUCCAUAUUGUCCUAUUGUUCCACCAUAUAUGCUAGGUCCACAGGCUAUGACUAAAAUUCGAAGGUCGGAUUACUUUCUCCUCACCGCCAUACUCGCGAUUGCCUCACGGGAUAUGCCUGGUCAUGUUUUGGUUCAUCGAUACUGCUGGGAUCAUGCUCAACGGCUGCUUCUAGAGGUGCUACUAGCACACUCCUGGGCGCAAACUCCCAGGACGGUCCAGGCCGUACUAUUACUUGCUGAAUGGAUCCCAUACCAGAUCAAACAAGAUGGUACAGAAAGUCCCAAGAGCCUGCUUAGUGAAGACCGAUCCGCAUGGUCUCUCAUUGGCCUCGCUGUGCGGCAGGGUUACCUUUUGCGGUUGGAUCGUGCUGCCUUUCCUUCCUCAGAAUCAUCAAGGGGUUGUGAAGCUUCUGAGAUAGAAGAAGAAAAACGUUUGAUUUGGACAUAUAUUUAUCUAAUAGAGAGACAAAUCUCUGUGCGGAUGGGGCAAUCGUUCUGGUCCCGCGGCCCGUCUCUAUCUUCAAAGCUCACGAAUAAAGAUUUCCCAAAUCUCAAAUCCUUACCAUCAAUGGAAGAAGAAGAUCUUGCUUCUGCAUUGCAAGCUAAAACUGAGCUGACACAGAUCUUAUACAACGCCCAUGGAAUUCUUUAUUCGUCGACGGAGAGGACGUUAGCUAUGGUUAACGACGGUGACUAUGCAAGAUAUUUGGACGACUUUCAGCGAUCGACCACAACCUGGUACACAGCAUGGAAUGGAGGAAAUUUCUCAUCUAACGUUAGAGCCACCCUGCUCCUCUUGUAUGAGUAUGUGUGCUUAUACGUCAACGCAUUUUCAUUCCAAGCCGUGCUUACAAGAGCCUCGAGCGCAUGCUCUCAAGGUAGAGACACAAUUCCUGGCAAAGGCGUCUCCUCGGCAGGUCCGUUUUCAGGGGGUCUCAUGUCCUCACCAGAUGGCCCGUAUGUGUACGAGGCCAUCAGCUGUGCAAGGAAGAUUCUAAGUUUAAUGAAUCAGCUCCAUCCUAGAAAUACUCUGCGCUUCUUACCAACUCGGUUUUAUCUGUACGGUGUGUACGCCGCUGUUUUCUUGUACAAGGCUCAGUGCGCAGGCGCAUUUCAAUCAGUCGCCCAGAGACAGGAAAACUCGGAACUGGCAGGGAGAUUUAUUUCUAAGUUGAAGCAAAUCUCUCAGGACGAAUUGCAUCUCUGCCACCGAUACAGUGUAAUGCUGGGCAGAAUAUGGCGAUGUCGGGACUCUCAACGGCCAUCCCAUGAUGGCACUGUCUCACGGCUCCGAAUGGCGGGUCAUGAGGCUCCUACUACCGUUGAGCCAAAUAGCAGUGUGAAUUCUGUUGCGGAUGAAACGAACUCCCAUAUGUCAUGGCCUACGGAAAGAGGACAAAAUCACUGGAACUAUGCCCUGAACGAAUGGGACCAAGGAGCCGUGGAGACAAUGCAGUAUAACACUGAUGCCGGAACAAUGCCAGACAUAGAGGGAUAUUUUCUUGGAUCGUUCUUCCCUGGAGUCACUGGUGUUGAUUUUCAUCACGGAUUUGGAGAACUGGGACUG